AUGGCAAGUCCAUACCUUCAAGUUAAGCUUCUCUCAGACACAGCCAGAGCACCCACGCGCGGCUCUUCCCAUGCAGCGGGGUAUGACCUCUAUGCCUCUGCAGAAGCGAGCAUCCCUGCAGGCGGCAGAGCACUUGUUCCUCUGGGCAUUUCUGUUGCCGUUCCAGAAGACUGCUACGCUAGGAUCGCACCUCGUUCAGGACUGGCCGUCAAAGCAGGCAUCAGUACGGGUGCCGGUGUUGUGGACUGCGAUUACCGAGGAGAAGUACGUGUCUUGCUCUUCAACCACGGCUCGGAGACCUUCAAGGUUGCAGUGGGUGACCGUAUUGCACAGAUGAUCCUGGAGAAGGUGUGGACGCCCGAGGUGGAGGUGGUGGAGACAUUGGCAGAAACUGUGCGUGGUGCCGGUGGAUUUGGCAGUACGGGGCAGUAG